UAAACAUAACCAGCCAGUCCUGUCUGCCCAUCCUGUCCUCUUUUAAUAUCUUGUGCUUGGCUAUAAUUAACUUUGCAAGUUAGCAUCAAAGCUGAUGGUCAGCAUACCACAGAGGUCAUGCCAUAGCUACGGAUACCACGAAGGUCCAAGAAGGACCCCGUCCCAGCAGACACAGAAAAGGAUGACCUGCAUGGACAGACCUCCAGAUAUGCUGGAAACUUCUUCAGAACAACAGUUGGAAUUGCGGAGUGAGGGACAUGCAGACAGAUUUUUCACUACAGCUCUCCUGCUGAGGGGACAGGACCUGCUUGUGGAUACAACCGUGACUUUGGGUCAAAAGGACUAUAAAGCCCAUGGCCUCCUUCUGGCUGCAGUCAGUUCUGUCUUUCUGCAACGUUUAGAAUGUGGGGUGCAAGAAGGGAUGAAUCUGGAUGGUGUGACCACACCGUCUGGCUGGGAGGCCAUUUUGAAUUUUGCCUACACAGGAGUGUUAGAGCCCACCCCAAUUGUGGCCGGAGACAUCCUGGAUGCAGCUGAGGCCCUAGGUGUCCCUCGUUUGGCUGAAAUAUGCAAGGUAGUAUUGAUAGGAAUAGAGAAUGAAGAUAGACUAAGUCCAGUGGAAGAGAAAUGGAAGACACUACAGAGGCUUGAAGAGCUGUACAAUGAAGGCAUCGGUUGGGACAUGGAACUUAAAGCUGAAGGAGAUACAUUUCGAGUUCACCGCUUAGCCUUGGCUUGUGGCUGUGAAUUCUUCCAUGGUAUGUUUACCAGCGGCAUGAAGGAAACUCAACAGACCAAGGUUCCUCUUUGCACCCAAUUCACUGCCGCUGAUCUGGGGUUGAUCAUCUCCUUUGCUUACACAGGAGUGCUGAGAGGUGGAUGGGAUUAUAUAUUUGAAGCUGCACAAGCUGCUCUUCAAUAUCAAGUCUCUGGCAUCUUGGACCUCUGUCUGGAUCUGUUCCACUACAAGCUCACUCCAGAAACCUGCUUGGAUGUUCUGUCUUUUGCCCGUGCUUAUAGUCUACAUGAUCUUGAAAGCACUGCAGAGAAGUUUAUAUUAAACAACUUUGCUUGUGUCAUGAAAACGGCAAAGUUCCUAGAUCUUCCUGUAAACCAGCUGGUGGACUUUCUUAGUUCUGAUUCACUCUACAUCCUCUAUGAACUAGAAGCUUUCCAAGGAGCUGUCCAUUGGUUGACUGCUGACUGGGCUGGGCGGAUGAACUGUGCUGAGAAAGUGUUGCAAUGCAUCAGAUUCCCACUGAUGUCCACUCAAGAGCUCAAGCAGGUGCGGAAAGAAGAGAUGAUGGCUAAUCCUGGUCGCCUCUACAAUCUCAUGGUUCAAUCCUUAGCUAGCAUUCCACCAGGUCCUUCCAAGAUGGAGCAACUUCCUUGCCGGGUGAGAUAUCCAGAGAAGGUCAUUGUGAUUAGCGGAGGAGAUACUUUGACAACAAAUAUGGCUACUCGCAGCCCAUGCCAAGAUUUCUGGUUCACCCACCGCUUCCUCAAUGGCAUCGGCUUGGUCAAACAAGUGGAGUGGCGUCGUCUUGGGUACCUUCCAGAGAAACCACGAUUCCGACAUGCUGUAGUCGUCAAAGACAAUAAGAUGUACCUCUUUGGGGGGAAGCAUUUUUAUGGCGUCAGGGAUACUAUGUGUUCAGUGUUCAGGUUUGAUCCUCUUUGCGGGAGUUGGGAGCGACUAGCUGACAUGACCAAUUGCCGGAGCUAUUUUCCUGCAGUUUUCCUGCAUGGUUUCUUCUACGCUCUAGGGGGGAGCUCCAAUGAGGUUUAUUGCCUGGAUUCUGUGGAGUGCUAUGAAACUCAGAGUGACACAUGGAGGCCCUGUGCACCCUUGCCAACCCCAGUCUGUGGCCAUGCAGCUUGUGUCUUGGAUGGAUGGAUCUACAUCACGGGAGGCAGCGACGGCUCGUGCCGCUGUCAAUCCUCCCUGAUUCGCUAUCGCCCAGAUGGUCCACCUCUCCUUCUGGCCUCCAUGCAGGAAGAGCGUGCUGGGCACAUCAUGGAGGUGCUGAAUGGUCGGAUCUAUGUGGCUGGCGGUCUACGAUGGCGGGACGGGCACGGGGGCUACGCUGACCAACUGGCUUGUGAGAGGUACAGUCCAGAUCAAGACCUGUGGGUCACCUUGCGCCCACUUCCCCAAGCUCACGUCAUCGCUGCCUCUGCCAUCUUGAACGGAGAGCUCUACAUUCUUGGAGGCUACAGCCAUAACACCUAUCGAGACACGCAUCUCAUUCACUGCUACAACCCUGCCCACGACCGUUGGGUCAACCUGGGGACGUUGCCCCAGGCUUAUGCUGAUCUAAAGGCCUGCAUUUUAGAAAUACCCUCCUCUUACAGACAAAGUGAGCCCUCAGUCACAGAGGCUCCCAACUUGGACAUCCCUCCUGAUGCUUCACUGGAUGUGCCCUACCAAAACUCUGGAUCAAGCUGCUGAAAGGCUUGAAGGUAGCCUACUGGCACAGGUCCUGGAUUUGCAUGGAGAGACCCGGGUUCAAGUGACUUCCUUGGGUGAUUUUGGGGUUGUUGUGGUGGGGAUAAAACAAGGGGAGAGGAGAGAAGGACUGUUCCGUGUAUGCUUUGAGUUGUCAGCUAAAAGGCAAUAUAAAUGCUAAUGUUAGCAAAAAUGGAGGCAGCUCUCAACUUGCAACCAUUCAGUAACCAUUCAAAGUUGCAACAACGCAUUGAAAAAUGUGACUUACGACUGGUGCUUGCACUUAAAACCAACGCAACAUCCUUGCGGUCACAUGACACAAAUUUGUUUUUUUAGCAAGUAGCAUUUAUUUAUGAUCGUUGCAGCAUCCCAGGGUCAUGUGAUCUCCAUUCGUGACCUUCCCGACCGGCUUCUGAUAUGCAAAAUCAAUAGAGGAAGCCGGACUUGCUUAAGGAGUUCAUGGUUCAUUUAACAACUGCAAUGAUUCACUUAACCGUGGCCAAAAAAAAAAAAAAGUUGUAAAAUUAACUAUGACUCACUUCGCAAUCGCUUUGUUUAGCAAUGGAAAUUCUGGUUCCAGUUGUGGUUGUUAAGUCAAGGGUUACCUGAAAUAAUAUUAUCUUUAUUUCUCACUAAUAACAAUAAUAACUGUAUUUCCCCCCUUGGAUUGCCACUUAAUGCAAAUUAGCACUGAAAAAUAUUUUUAUCUGUUUGAAAAAGCAAAGAGACCGGAGAAAGAGCCCUCAUUUCCAUAUGCAGAUAUGAUUUCUUUGCAGCUGGAUUUUUGUGCAGGUGAACUCAGUUGGACUGUGCAGACACAACUCAAGUGAAAACCAUUGAAAAGGCAGAAAUAGUAAUAUGUUGGUUGAGGUUCUAGAUCACAUGAGGAGGGCUCCACUUCCAGGACAAGGGGCGCACAAAUUCUUUGAGUGGUAGUGGUUCAGGCCAGGAUGAUUUCAUGUAUGUUGUGAUUAAAAUUAAACCUAAUUAAUAUUAUUCUCUGGUCCUGCUUCUCACCCCCAACUUUCACCAAAGCUACACCCUUUUAAUAUCUACCUGCUCUGCAUCUGAUAAAGGCAUCUAAUCUGUACACAUGAGAAGUCAGGCAAACAACACUACAGUGAAUCUCUCCUCACUAACUUCUUAAGAAACAGGCAUCUAUCUGCCCCAUUGUGGGGUAUUUCCUGGAUGACUUUCUCUGCAUUUGGAAAAGCUAACCAGGGUCAUGCUUACUGUUAAAUGGCACUUUUAUUGCCAUAAAAGGAAUCUAAGUAACUCCAGAACCUUACGGUAUAUUCUAGGCUCUGCUACAACAAAAAAAGUUAAGAAUUGUCUGAACUGUAUAAUCCAGUGUUUCUUAACCUAGGCAGCUUCAGGAUCUGUGGACUUCAACUCCCAGAAUUCUCCAGCCAGCAUACUGGCUAGGGAAUCCUGGGAGUAGAAGCCCAAACUUCUUAAAAGUUGCCAAAGUUGAGAAACACAGGUAUGACUACUAAAUAGUUGAUUCAUGAUACUCAGUUGUUGAUUAAAAGUGUAAGAAUAGAAUAGAAUAGAAUAGAAUAGAAUAGAAUAGAAUAGAAUAGAAUAGAAUAGAAUAGAAUA